AUGGCGCAAUACCACCGCUUCAAAGAAGAUCGUGAGCAAUGCGAACGAAUCGAUCAAUGGGAGUGUCUUAAAUGCUUUAAGACGACCUCAGCCUCGCGCCCUCCCGUCUUCAACCCCGACAAUUGUAGCUGCGCUGAAGCAGGCUCGCUCGCCGCUGGCAUCGGUGGCCCACCGCAAGCAACAGCCUUCGAUCAGGCCCGCUACCCCUGCGAAUCUCCAGGAGCAGCAUGUCACUAUGCAGCGCAAUCCUACGCCUCCUCGUCCGUGUCCGCCAAAUGCCCCGAGGGACCUGAGCGUGAGCUCCCCGAUAUCGAAGUUGCCGACUCGAUAGGCUCUGAAUCCGGGCUCAGCGAAGUGCAGCAUCGACGCUCGGUCUCCGCACCUUCCGACAUGUCCUUUCAGAUGCGGCGCUUCCUUUUCGAGCAGGAUUACGACCAAUCGAGUUGCAUCGUCGAGCCUGCCUCGUCCGAGAUGAGGUUCCUGCAGCAGGAUAUCUUCAUCCAGUCCGAGAACACUCAGAAGAAGAAGAGCGAGAAGAGCAAACAAACUUACCAGAGCAUGCUGAGCUCCAUGAGCAGCGACGAGUAUUUCGUCGGCUGCGACGUGGAUCCUAUGUCAGGGGUCGGCUCCUGGGAUGAUGGAGGAGGCUACGUGUGCUGUGGUGAAGGAUAUCCGUUGUCGAUGAGUGGUCUGGUGGAGGAUCUCUCGGAGUGA